AUACGGGAUUUUGUGCAAUGUGUGCUUUUCACAUUAACGAUCUUGCUCUGCAGAGCAUCGAGUUCAAUGUGACAAAAGACUUAGCUGCAUUCGGCGAGAUUAUAUUUCAACAAAAGCAGAAAUCUCUGCUAGACAAGAAGCGAAAACUUAACGAGUUACACUUAAAAGUUUGGAACAACGAGAAUACGAUUUGCGACGAUGUUUGGAAAUUCAGUCAAGAACAUGAUUUUUACACUAUCUUAAAACAGUACGACGAUGCUACAGAGAAGCGGAAUGAAAAAAUAAAACAUGGAAGGGGUAAAUACGUAACGGACAAUGAAAAAAAAAAAAUAUUUUAUUCAUUGUUUUUGCAUAAAUAUUAUACAGAUAUAGAAUGGGUGAAUAUUAGUGAGCUGAAUUAUGAAAUAGAGGCAAUCGAACAAGAAAUCUAUUAUUUAACUGAAAAUGAUUUAAAACAAAAGAAUUUAAAGGAAGCGUUGAAAGAUUUGGAGUUAGCUCAACGCUUUUCGAAGGAAAAUAAUGAUGUCAAAAGGUAUUUAUCUAUUAUGAUUGGAUUACGUAAGAACUAAUCGCAAUGUCUCACCAUAUGAAAAUCAUUCCAUAAUGAGUUUCUUUCCAUA